UUUCUCUCAGAACUCAACUCUCUCUCUCUCAACUCUCUCCACUAAAAGCUUGAAACCCUAACUCCGGUCCGGCGCUCGCCGGUACCGGAGGUCGUCCUUCUCAACCCUUCCUCCUUUUCCUUUUGCCUUUCCUUUCUUCUGUUUGACUUCUCCAUGGCCGAUAUGCAUGUUGUUCUGAGUCUGUCGGUGCUGCGUCGAGUUUCAAUCGAACAAAGACGGGUUCAAUCGGCGUUUUUUGGAAGAACGGCGAGGCUACGGAGCAACAGAGGUGGAAAGGUCGGCUUUUAGGGCUGGAUUGAGAACCAGAUCUGGGUUUUCCUUUUUCCAGAUCUAGGGCUUCUCUUCCUCGGCGGCGGCGCGUGACUCAGUGGGGAGCAUCUUCCGCCUCGUGCGACGGUGAGAGGCCGGAGGAUCGACGUGACGGCAGCUGAAGAUGGUCAUGUUUCUCGGUUCUCGGGAACAGCGUGACGCAGAGCCUUGUUUUGUCAGAGUGGUCAGCUGAUGAAGCGAGUUCUGUAGCUGGUUCGCGGUGAGGCUCAGCUUCCCAGUGUCGGCGGCGGUUCCUCCACCUUGUCGACAGCGGAGCCCACACCAUUGGAAGCUUGAAUACUGUACCAGUUUCGAUGCUUCCGCCAAGGCCCGACUUUUAUUUUCCCCAGCACGGAUUGUUUCCGUUGGCUGGCGAUGGAGUGAGGCAUGGUCGCUGGUGAAGCUACUCCGGUCAAGAAUGCAUCGCUUCGGUGUUGAGGUGUUGGUCCAAGUACUGAACUCAUAUCUCUUGGUGACUGGCACUUGGUUUUAUUAGGUUAAUCUUGAUUAGGAAUAGCUAAUAUCCGGGCUUAUGUUUUUCACUGGUGUGGUAGAAUGUUAGGGGUUGAAGAGACAGCUCUUUGUCUGUGACAGAGCUUGUUCUCACUGGGUUUAAUUACAUCAAAGUAUAAAAUUCGGUAGUCUAUGAUCCAAUCUAGUGAUCUUUUGAUGGUACUGAAUCACUUUGUAUGUAAAAGUGGUUGAAAUCCUUGUGGUUAAAAAUCAUGUAAUCCCCCAAUUGGUAAAUGAAAAGUUGAUGUUGAGCCAAAAAAAAAAAAAAAAAUAGAAUACAGCCCCCUUAAUGUUUUCUAAAGACCAAAACUAUUAUUUACAGAGACGGAAGUAGCCCAUAACUUGGGGUUGUCUGCCUCUCAAGUCAACGGGCCUACGCAGUCAAAAAAGUCAAUGGGCCUAUAGACAAUAAAUACAGUGUCUCUCUCUCUCUCUUGCGGGGAAAACAAUUUACCCGAGCCGCAGUGAAUCGGAUCUUUCCGAGAAAAUCAAUUUAGGGCAUUUCCCAGUAACUUUAUUACAUUAGCCCGCUGAUUUGGAGAAGGCUUCCGUGUGAAUAGUGACUCUCCGUACCAAGUUACCAACCACUGAGGUAUUGUUCUUUCGAGUUACGUUAGUUUGCAGUUUUCGCUGCAAGUGAUCUGCUUUAAAUGCAACCAAUGUUGCUCAACGACGAGAGGGUGCGCAGAGCUUGUGAGAAAACAAGGGAGCUCAAGAUUCCUGAUGAGAAGACUCUCCUUGUGCUUAGGAAGCUGCUGAGAGAGAACGGUGAGAAUUGGGGUAUCAUCAGACUUGAUAACUACACUGCAUUGAUCGAUGCUAUCUACUCUCUUGAUGAAGAAAAUGAGACUCCAUCUAACAACAAUAGAGGGAAGAGUGCUGCUGUGGGGAUUGAAACUUCGCAUAGAGUGAAGAGAAACGAGAAACAAAGUGAAGGUUCAUCUACUGGCAUUAGAGGGAAGAAUGUUGUGGUCAAUGUCGUUGACUCUCCUCCUAGUCCUGCUCUGAAGAAGCAGACCAAAAUUUCAUCUUAUGUCAACAGAGGGAAGAAUGCUUUGAGUUUGGGCACUGACCAUCCUCUUCCUAGUGUUGCUCUGAAAAAGCAAAGCCAAGGUUCAUCUAAUUGCAAUAGAGGGAAGAAUGAUGUGGUUCUUGACUCUUCUCAUAGUCUUACUCUGAAGAAGCAAAGCCAAGGUUCAUCUAAUAGGGAGAAGAAUGCUGUGGUCCUUGACUCUCCUCCUAGUGCUACUCUGAAGAAGCAAAGCCAAGGUUCAUUUAAUGGCAAUAGAGGGAAGAAUGCUGAGCCCAUUGACCCUUCUCCUAGUGCUACUCUGAAGAAUCUAAGCCAAGGUUCAUCUAAUGUCAAUAGAGAGAAGAAUGUUAACCCUCCUGCUACUCUGAAAACAAUAUAUGAAACCCGGUUUGCAACCUCAAGCUCGUCCGUUGAGGAAGCCCAUAAACAGCAACAGACUAGCAAUGGUGUUCGCAAGAGGAAGUAUAAAACCAUUAUCCAUGACAUAACCAAAGGCUCAGAGAGCGUUGAGAUCUCCCUGGUUGAUGAUGUUGGGACUGAGAAACUGCCGACUUUCACUUACAUCCCUCACAACAUUGUAUACCAAAGUGCUUAUGUGCAUGUAUCUUUAGCUCGGAUCUCCGAUGACGAUUGCUGCGCAAGCUGCAAGGGGGACUGUCUUUCAGCUGACUUCCCAUGUGCUUGUGCUCGUGAAACCAGCGGAGAGUAUGCGUACACCAGAGAAGGGUUGCUAAAGGAGGAGUUUCUUGACACUUGUCUUAAGAUGAAAAAGGCACCAGAUACCUUUAAUAAAUUUUACUGCCAAGACUGCCCUUUAGAGAGGGAUCAUGGUAAAUGCCAAGGGCACUUGAUCAGGAAGUUCGUUAAGGAAUGCUGGAGAAAGUGUGGAUGCGAUAUGCUCUGUGGAAACCGAGUAGUACAGAGAGGGAUUAGGUGCCAACUUCAGGUUUACUUUACCUCGGAAGGGAAAGGAUGGGGUGUUAGACCACUGAAAGACUUGCCGAAAGGAACCUUUGUCUAUGAAUACAUCGGUGAAAUAUUGACCAACACGGAGUUAUACGAGCGGAAUCUAAGACUUAGUAGUGAGCGGCAUACAUAUCCUGUAACUCUGGAUGCAGACUGGGGUUCUGAAAAGGAUUUGAAAGAUGAAGAAGCUCUCUGCCUGGACGCCACAAUCUGUGGAAAUGUCGCUAGGUUUGUUAAUCAUAGAUGUGGGGAUGCAAACUUGAUCGAUAUUCCGGUACAGAUAGAGACUCCUGACAGACAUUAUUACCAUAUUGCCUUUUUUACCAUUCGAGAUGUGAAGGCCAUGGAAGAACUGACAUGGGAUUACAUGAUAGAUUUCAGUGAUGAAAGUCAUCCUGUGAAGGCAUUUAGAUGUAACUGCGGAAGUGAGUUAUGCAGAGACAAAAAGCCAAUAGGAUCACGAGGCAAGUCCGGAGAAAGAAGAAAGGUUGUUCAUGCUAAAAAACAACCAGAUACCAAAGCAGUGCCAUUAAAGCGGAAAUGAGGAGGAUUAGUAAGAGUAUAACAUUUAGAAAACAUAACCCACGACAUGCACUUUGAUCCCAUCCUGAGCUUCUUGCUUUAACUCCAACAAAGAACUGUAAUGGUCACAAAAUUUCUUCUCUUAGAAAAAACUUUCUUCUUUAGGUUAAAAUGAUCUGAACUGAACAGAACAUAUUCGUCUGGUGGUAAGAUGACAAAGUUUUUGUAACUUUUGUUUGCUAACCAAAGAAACUCAUAAGCUAA